AUGGGUGGGGUCGAUGCUGUCCAAACUGAGGUAGCUGCUACUCGUGAAGAGAAUAGAGCCCUAACCGCUAGGUUGAAUACUCUUAACCCAAUCCCAUAUUCGACCGAGGCUGAGAACUCUGAGGCUUCCAUUAAUAGGUCUCAUCGUCGCCCACAAGGUGGUCGACACCAUGCCCGACAUGGUCGUAGGGAAGGGAAUCAGGCUCGGGAACGAGAGCGGGGAUAUUACCGUCAUGGUACACAAUCUCCCCCUCGCUACGAGCAGCGCCUCUUUCGAAACAUUAAGUUGGAUGUCCCUACGUUUGACGGUUGUCUAGAUCCUAGUGCAUUCAAUCAAUGGGUUAGAGAUAUGGAUCGCUUCUUUACAUGGUAUGGGGUCCCGAAAGAUCGGAGGGUACAAUUUGCCAGUUUGAAGUUAACUGGCACUGCUCAGCUCUUUUGGGAGAGUGUUGAGGACCUCCUUGAAAGGCGUCAUGCUCCCCCUGUUGGGAGCUGGGAUGAAAUGAAGCAUCGCCUUCAAGAAAAAUAUUUACCACAAUCUUAUAGGGGUAACUUGCUGGAUCAAUGGAACGCACUUACACAAGACAAUCGACCUGUGACCAAAUAUGUUGCUCAGUUUGAUGAGUUUCGAAUGAAAUGUCAGGUUGUUGAGGAUGAAGUUAUGACUUUGAGUAGUGACUCCCGCACUACAACCUCAUCUGCAUCCACGCCAUCCCCUAAGUCUAUUCUAGGUCCUCCUCCCUCUAAUACUACCCCUGCAUCGGAUAGCAAAGGUAGAGGUUCUGAGGUUUCAAGGACAUCCUCCCGUUUGCAAUGCUUCAACUGUAAGGGUUUUGGUCACAUUGCUUCUAAGUGCCCUAGCCGAGCCCUAGUUCUAGACGAACGUGAGGAUAUAGUCGUCAAACCACUAGAGGAUCAGGUUUAUGAGCCUAAGUUAGAAGAGUUUGAAGACUUAGAGGACAGUGAGGAUAGCUUCUUAGGUUGUAUUCAGGCUAGUCCCAUUAUCCCACAUACACCCAGAGUCGGUGUCGUCCAUUGUACCCUCACCCAGCCUAAGGAUGCCGACGAUUGGCGCCGUCAUGCCAUCUUCCACACCUACAUCAAGAUUAAUAACAAGGGCUGUAAAGUUAUCGUAGAUAGUGGCAGCUGUAUUAAUGUGGUUUCGAAGGCUACUAUAUCCCGUCUAGGGUUGAAGCCAGUUCCUCACCCCCAACCUUAUAGUGUCUCUUGGGUUGACACAUCCUCUAUAGCUGUUAAGGAGCAUUGUUUAGUCCAUAUCCAGUUCCUGGAGUAUAAGGACCAUAUAUGGUGUGACGUUAUUUCGAUGGACGUCGGGCACAUCAUCUUAGGACGACCUUGGCUAUUUGACCUAGAUGUAACCAUAUAUGGUCGAUCCAAUUCCUGCUCCUUCAUGUUUAAUGGAAAGAAGAUUCACCUUAACCCACUACCCCCAAAGCCGGCUAGCUCACUAGAAGCGAAGAAAAGUGUGGAACAAAAGGGGUUGCAUAUCAUUAGUCCUACAGAGUUUGAGCGUACAAUUGUUGGUGACUCAAUUGUGUUCGCCUUAGUAGUCAUGGAGGUUUCAUCUAACUCCACAAGUGAGGAUACUGCGGAAGUCCAAUCGAUCUUUCAGGAGUUUCGAGAUGUCUUUUCGGAGGACCUACCUGAUCAUCUACCUCCGCUAAGAGAUAUUCAACAUGCCAUAGAUUUCAUCCCCGGCGCAUCCCUUCCAAAUUUGCCACAUUAUAGGAUGAAUCCUACCGAGCACGCUGAGCUCCAACGGCAAGUGGAUGACCUUCUCAACAAAGGAUUCAUUCGUGAGAGUUUAAGCCCAUGUGCUGUCCCCACCCUAUUGACGCCCAAAAAGGAUGGAUCUUGGAGAAUGUGUGUGGAUAGUCGUGCUAUCAAUAGGAUCACGGUGAAGUAUCAUUUUCCCAUUCCCAAGCUUGAUGAUAUGCUAGAUAUGAUGGUUGGUGCGACAAUCUUUUCAAAGAUCGAUCUAAAGAGUGGGUACCAUCAAAUUAGAAUUCGCCCAGGGGAUGAGUGGAAGACCGCGUUUAAGACGAAAGAUGGCCUUUAUGAAUGGCUGGUCAUACCUUUUGGGCUAAGUAAUGCGCGGAGUACCUUCAUGCGGGUAAUAACACAAACUCUUCGACCGUUCAUGGGUAAAUUUCUUGUUGUCUACUUUGAUGAUAUCCUUAUCUAUAGUAAAACUAAGAAGCAACACCGUGACCACCUCAAACAAGUUUGCUCUACCCUUCGCGAGACUAACCUGUAUGCUAAUGUCAAGAAAUGUUCCUUUUUCACCGAUAGCGUAGUUUUUCUGGGGUUCAUUGUCUCGUCACACGGGUGUCUGCUGACCCUACUAAGAUUCAGGCGAUAA